AUGGGUACCGGAGCUCAUCUGAGGAUAUGGCCGCAACUGUUACAUAAACCAUCCACCAUUAUAUACAGUACACUAUACGUGAAUGAUGCUUCCCCUCUUUCUAUUCGCUACCACUUUGUUCUUGAAUCUCCUGAACUUGGAGUUGUUGAAAUCAGGAUGCGUCAGCCAGGAGGUGAAGAGAACCAGAAUCUGGGAGAGGAAGACGGCACUGAGCCAGUAGACGAACUCCUCAUUCAGCUUCGUGAUUGGGACAUCAAGCAGUGCCAUCACAUUCACAAAUGUCAUAAUCAGGCAGUUUGA